CACGCGGCGGAUUGAAGCGAGACUUGCAGUAAAAUGUCUAAGUCCGAGGUUCUGAGAGGAUUUGUUACUGAGAGACUCGCCGCCGCCUCCCAGGAAAUCUUAGCGGCCGUGGACGGACUCGUAGCCGGGUACGAGGAGGAGGCGUCGGGCCUCAGACACGAGAUCGAUCGGCAAAGGAGACAACUGGAGGUUCUCCUGCAGCCUCGGGUCAUACUCAACAAAACCGGUUUGAAGCGCAGCAGGAGACUCCGCCACGAUGAAGAGGAAGAGGAAGAUGAGGAUGACGAGAAUCUGGAUAUGAAUAACAGAACUCCAUCAAGGUCCUUUUCCUCCAGAGGUCAGUUUAAGCAGAGGAAGCAUGGCCGACCCAAGAUCAGUGAAACUCAGGACCACAUGGACCUCAGCAUCCGCAUCCAUGAGGAGCCACAGACCGAAGUACUUUCAAAAAAUGAUGUUCAGCAUCUGUUGAUGAUUAAAGAAGAGGUUCCCCCUGAGUUGAGCCUUAGUCUGGAUCAGGAGGAACCAAAGAGCCCAAACAUUAAAGAGGAACAGGAGGAACUCUGCACCAGUCAGGAGGGAGAGCAGCUUCCAGGGCUGGAGGAAGUUGAUGAUACCAAGGUCCCACUCACUCCUGUCCAUGUGAAGAGUGAAGAUGAUGAGGAGAAACCUCAGUCUUCACAGCCUCAUCGAAGCCGAACUGAAGAGAGCAGAGAGGCAGAGCCUCCGUCCAGCAGCUCAGCUGAACAGAUGGAAACAGAGACUGAUGGAGAGGACUGUGGAGGAUCUGAACCAGACAGGAACUUAGAUCCACAUGGUCAUCAUCAACCACAUACAGACGAAGAGGCCACAGAGUCCUCUGAGACUGAAGACAGUGAUGAUGAUUGGAAGGAAACCAGAGCAACUGAGUCAGGUUUGAAAAGCAAAGAAGUCCAUGGAUGUAAUACUGGUGAGAAGUCUUUCAGCUGCUCUGAGUGUGAGAAAAAAUACAGCAGAAAGUGCGUUCUGCAGAGACACAUGAAAGUCCAUACAGGAGAGAAACCAUUCGGUUGUGAUGUGUGUGGGAAAAGAUUUAAGUCGCAGGGGGAACUUAAGGCGCACAUGAGAGUCCAUACAGUAGAGAAACCGUUUGGUUGUGAUGUGUGUGGGAAAAGAUUUAACGUAAAAGGGAACCUCGUAUCGCACAUGAGAGUCCAUGAGAGACCGUUUGGUUGUAAUGUUUGUUGGAAAGUAUUUAAGCGGCAGGAGGAUCUUGAUGUGCACAUGAAAGUUCAUACAGGGGAGAAACCAUUCAGUUGCAGUUUUUGUGCCGAACGAUUUGUUUAUAGUUCAAACUGCAAAAGACAUAUGAAGAUAUGUAAACACAAGCAUGUUACUGAAGGCUGCAGCAGUAAGUGAAGCCGAGUUGCCGGAUAUGCUGAGUUGUAAUAGCUCCUUACAGCAUGUUUAAAAUACAGAGCAUAGGUCAGUUUUACGAUUGAGGUUUUGUACACCAGGUUAUAUAGAAGACACAACAAGGAAGAUAGACAAGAGAACAGCAUAUUGGCACAUUGGGAACUGGUAACAAACAACCUAUAUCCACAAAAGAAACACAAUCAAGAGAAAGUAAUUAGACCAAUUAUUGUUUUGUAGAUUUACUUUAAUUUGACUGAUAAAACAGUUUUUAGAAAGUUUUGCCAAUUCAAAAAUGAAAAGCAGAAAUCUCUCAUUCACAGAAGUAUUUAGACCCUUUGCUGUCGUCAGGAUAUUCCUGUUUGCCUUAAUUAUCCCUGAGAUGUGUCCAGAACUUCACUGGAGUGCAUCUGUGGCAAACUGAAUUGAUUAGACAUGGUUUAGAAAGGUGCACACGUGUAGGUAAUUAGUGAAGUGACUAAGUAAAAAUCUUUGGAUGGAGAUCUGCUUACUUACUAUAUAUUUAUUAAUAUUAUAUUUUGCAGCUUGAUCAAUACAAUAAUAAUAAAGUGAACAAACUUACCGGCCCCUCAAGGUCACUUAACUCAUGAUGCCUUCACAUAACUCACAGAUAUCACAGCUCUCUCCAAGACAUUCCAGACAGAAGUAACAACAAUUGCUGGAGUUAUUCGAACGUCUGUCUCCGUCACCUAAACAACACAAAAGGUAAUGAGUCAGUGCCUUUUCAGAAUUACUCAUAUGAUCAUUUUCUGAUCUUCUACCAUUCUGGUAAACGUAGGAGAUGCUUAGAUGACUUGGUUAAAGAUCUAUGUCACAACUGCACAGUUUCUUUUGGGCAUAUUUUGUGCUAUAAUAAAUUCUUAACUCUAUAAAAACUAGGCUAG